UGACAAGACAACAUCUGGGCCUCUGCAGUCUCUCUCCCAGUCUUCUUGGGUUGUUCUGGCCUGUCCACAUUGUUUCUGUAGCUUUCAUGGCUCUGGAUGGCUAGUGAAGAGGGAUGUUCAGUCUAAUGGCCAAUUGCUGCAGCUGGUUAAAACGGUGGCAGGAACCUGUCAGGAAGGUGACACUAAUAAUGGUGGGUCUUGAUAAUGCUGGUAAAACUGCUACAGUCCGAGGAAUUCAAGGAGAGUCUCCUGAAGAUGUGGCUCCAACUGUUGGGUUUUCCAAGAUUGACCUGAAACAGGGACGCUUUGAAGUCACCAUCUUUGAUUUAGGAGGUGGAAAACGAAUUCGAAAUAUCUGGAGAAAUUACUAUGCUGAGUCCUACGGUGUAAUAUUUGUUGUGGAUUCCAGUGACAUUGCGAGAAUGGAAGAAACAAAGCAAGCCAUGAUAGAAGUUUUAAACAGCCCUAAGAUAUCAGGAAAACCUGUGUUAGUGUAA